GCUAUUUCUCUACUAUGGAGUACUCUCCUAGAGUUACUAUCUCUCUGUUCUUCUCCUAUAUGCUUCUAUUGCAGAUUACUAUCAGUACUGUAAGCCCUGCCUUGGCUUUGGAAGACUGCAAGUUUCCGGCCCUCUUCAACUUCGGAGACUCGAAUUCAGAUACUGGUGGAUUGGCAGCAGCCAUUUAUCCCCCACCUACACCUUUCGGAGAGACUUACUUUCAUAUGCCAGUGGGAAGAUUCUCAGAUGGGAGACUCAUUGUCGAUUUCCUGGCGCAGAGUAUUGGUCACCCUUAUCUAAGUGCCUAUCUGGAUUCCCUCGGGACCAAUUUCUCGCAUGGUGCAAAUUUCGCCACUUCAGCUUCCACUAUCAGACUUCCAGAGAUCAUUUUACCAGCCGGUGGAUUUAGUCCCUUCUUCCUUGAUAUUCAAUACGUACAGUUCUGGCAACUGAAGUCCAGAUCACAACUCAUAAGGCAACGAGGGGGAAUUUUUGCAAGUUUGAUGCCAAAGAAGGAGUACUUCUCCAAAGCUUUAUACACAUUCGACAUUGGUCAGAAUGAUCUUGGCCAGGGAAUUUUCAGUAACAAGACUAUACAGGAAGUCAAUGCUUCUGUUCCUGAUAUAAUCCCUGGUUUCUCAGCUAAUAUUAAGAAAAUAUAUGAUUUGGGGGCAAGAUCAUUUUGGAUCCACAAUACAGGGCCAAUUGGCUGUGUGCCUUACGUUUUGGUAAAAUUCCCAUCAGCUGAGAAAGAUGAGGUUGGCUGUGCAAAGGCUUACAAUGAAGUAGCUCAACAUUUCAACCACGAGCUGAAGCAGGCUGUAGUUCAACUUAGGAAGGAUCUUCCUUUGGCUGCAUUCACUUAUGUAGAUGUGUAUUCUGUCAAGUACUCUCUUUUCAAGGACACCGAAAAGUAUGGUUUUGAGCUCCCACUUGUUGCUUGUUGUGGAUAUGGUGGUCAGUACAACUAUAACAGUAGUGCAGGAUGUGGCACAACAAUCACUGUCAAUGGAAGCCAAAUUUAUGUUGGCGCUUGUAAGAACCCAUCAACUAGAGUAAACUGGGAUGGAAUUCAUUAUACUGAGGCAGCUGCGAAGUUUGUGUUUGACAAAAUCUCAACUGGAGCAUAUUCAGAUCCACCUCUGCCCUUGAAACAAGCAUGCCACAGGAGUUGAAACAAAAGCUUGGAGAAAAAUUAGAAAGUCUUUGAGAAUACCGUGAUAAAGUUUGAUCUCAACAGUAAAAGUUGGGAAAUGAAGUUUUACUCCCUAAAACAAAUACUACUAAAGUGCCUUGUGAGCACGUCCUGUUGGUUACUUUGUUGGGAAUGAAACAUUACUAGUGGCAUUGAGCCUUGCUUGAAA